GUGUGCUUACAGUGAAACACACACAUACCUCACAUACUAAAAAAGCACACAGUUAACCCUUUGAUCGCCCCACAUGUUAACCCCUUCCUGCCCAGUGCCAUUAUGCUUUUUUUUCUUUAGCACUGAUCACUGUAUUGGUGUCACUAGGGAUGUCAGUGACAACAAGUUCGUUCCCCCCAGUGUCAGAAUGCCCCCGGCAGUCCCGCUAUAAGUCGUUGAUCACCGCCAUUACUAGUAAACA